AGCGCCGCGCCUCCUGUCAGUGGCAGCCAUUGUUCCGCCGGUCGCGCUGGCUGCACGGGGGCUGGGCCGGUCCUACCCACCUCUCCGCGUCCCUGUCCCCCUUCCAGCUGGGCGAGGGGGCCGGUCCCUGGCUCGGCGCACUCCGGCUCUCAGGUGCAGGCCGCCAUGAGCAAACGGAAAGCGCCGCAGGAGACUCUCAACGGGGGGAUCACCGACAUGCUCACAGAGCUCGCAAACUUCGAGAAGAACGUCAACCAGGCGAUCCACAAGUACAACGCUUACAGAAAAGCAGCAUCUGUGAUAGCAAAGUACCCACACAAAAUAAAGAGUGGAGCAGAAGCUAAGAAACUGCCCGGAGUAGGAACAAAAAUUGCUGAAAAGAUUGAUGAGUUUUUAGCAACUGGAAAAUUGCGUAAACUGGAAAAGAUUCGGCAGGAUGAUACAAGUUCAUCCAUCAAUUUCCUGACUCGAGUUACUGGCAUUGGUCCAUCUGCUGCAAGGAAGUUUGUAGAUGAAGGAAUUAAAACAUUAGAAGAUCUCAGAAAAAAUGAAGAUAAAUUGAACCAUCAUCAGCGAAUUGGGCUGAAAUAUUUUGAGGACUUUGAGAAAAGAAUUCCUCGUGAAGAGAUGUUACAAAUGCAAGAUAUUGUACUAAACGAAGUUACAAAAGUGGAUUCUGAAUACAUAGCUACAGUCUGUGGCAGUUUCAGAAGAGGUGCAGAGUCCAGUGGUGAUAUGGACGUUCUUCUGACCCAUCCAAGUUUUACCUCUGAGUCAAACAAACAGCCAAAACUGUUACAUCGUGUUGUGGAGCAGUUACAAAAGGUCUGUUUUAUUACAGAUACUCUGUCAAAAGGUGAAACAAAAUUCAUGGGUGUUUGCCAGCUUCCCAGUAAAAAUGAUGGAAAGGAAUAUCCACACAGGAGAAUUGACAUCAGGUUGAUACCCAAGGAUCAAUAUUACUGUGGUGUUCUCUAUUUCACGGGGAGUGAUAUUUUCAAUAAGAAUAUGCGAACUCAUGCUUUAGAAAAGGGUUUCACAAUCAAUGAAUACACGAUCCGUCCCCUAGGAGUCACUGGUGAGUAUUUGUGUGCCUUAGUCAUCUGAAAAGAAAGUUAUUUUCAAGGAGUUGCUGGAGAACCCCUGCCAGUAGAUAGUGAGAAAGACAUCUUUGACUACAUCCAGUGGAAAUACCGAGAGCCCAAGGAUCGAAGUGAAUGAGGCCUAUCCUUCCCCAGCACAGCCCAACAGGAGUCUUAAUUUAUUUCUUAACCUUUGCUAUGUAAGGGUCUUCGGUGUUUUUAAAUGAUUGUUUCUUCUUCAUGUUUUAGCUUGUACCGUAGUCAAUAAAACCUAAUGCACUAUUA